AAAGAUAUGAAAACCAUAGACGAUCGAAACUAUUAUUAUUCCAAUUGUUGGUGAAUUUUGAACGUCAUUUUGGAGGAAUGAAAACGAUAGACGAUCGAGGAAUGAUUGUUUUCGUGUGGAUGUGUGUUUGUGAGAGAGAAAGAUAUGGAAGAGCUGGUCUAGCAAUGAAAACAGUUGUUGAGACUUGAGAGAGGAUAUUGGCGACAAAUUAGAUUCCGGGUAACAAAAGCAACUUUAGAUUUUGAAUUUCGAAUUUGAUGCAGAUUUUGCCGAUACAGAUGCCUUGUUUUUUUGCUUGAUUUGAUCCGACUAUCGGACAGCUCAAAGCUGGCACCAGCUGAUUUUCAGAAAGUUAGCUUUCGAUUUUGUGGAUUUCUUCUCAAUUUUCAUUCUAUUUAAGUUAUGAAGAUCUUGUAUGAUCUAUGCAAUUACACGAACGUUUCAGAUUCUCUAUAUCUAUAUUCUUAAAAUUUUGAUAGAUUUCCAUCGUCUAGAUUACGUGGACCUUCGAUCGUAUCUGUUGAACUGAAUCUCUUCUCCAAUUUAACUUUUGUCUCCAUAUAAAUACGUGAAAUUCAAUGUGAUUUACAUGGCUGUGUUCAAUGGCUCAUGAAGAACAUACUUCGAUGUGUAGCAAUGGUAGAUUGUCGAAAAAGCUGAAGAAUAAGAAACUACCACAGAGAGGAAUGGGAGUUGCUCAGCUUGAGAAGAUCAUAUCAGAAGAACAUCAGAAGAAUGAUGUCACUAUUUUGGCUCCUAAUUCAAACAAUUUCACGCCGCCGCCGCCGUCGAUGUCGAUUGCUUUACCACCUCCAAUGCCGCCUAAUCACCACCGCCGUUUGAUCCAAAUUACCGAUGCGACGAAUCCUGUUUUUGUUUCUAAGCCAAUGCAUUCGAUCAUUAAUGGUGGUAGAUUAUGGAUUGGCGGCGAUUACCGAUUUGUACUGGAGAAUCCGAAUCUGAAUCCGAGCAUGUCAACAAAUCGGAGUGAUUUACAAAGAUCACACCUUUUUCAGCAACCAUGUUCUUCAUUAAUGAUCGAGCUCCCUUCAAACCAAAGCAAUUGUAGCAACAACUACCACCCACCAUUGAAGCCACAUGAAGAGAAGAUGAUCGGCAUGAAGAGACCAUACCCUUUUUCAAAGGAAAAUAUGCCAAUUCCUUCUUUCAACUUAAAAUUCCCCUUCUCUUCUUCUUACAGCAAUGGAUUCAGAGAGAAGAAGAGUUCGAAUUUAGUUGCCAAAGAUUUUCUCACAUUGGUUCCUCCUCAAAUUCAAUCAUCAACUUUACCACAGCAGCAAGGUCAAACAGAAGAUGUAUCUGGAAGUGAAAGGUCAAACGAGCAGCCAUUUUAUAGUUUCUUUCCAGCAGCAAAGAACCAUGGAAACAACAAUGGUGAAGAAGGUGAACAUGUUGAUCUCAGUUUGAAGCUGUAGAAGAUUUUCCAAUUUUAUUUUUUUAUUGAAGUUUGAUUUUUUGGCUUUUGUUGCUUUUUGUGUUUUAGUCAUUCAUCCAAAUGUCAUUUUUCGUAGUUAUUAUUCUUUUAAUUGUAAUUCUUUAUUGUAGGAAUUAAUAAUUGGUCUUGUAAAAACACUAUUACGUUUUGAAGUAUAAAUGAUUUUUUACCAAAA